AAAAAACGUGCUAAGCUUUAAAAUACACAAGCAGUCGCUGUCUUUUUGCCCAUUGGUCUAAUAAACCGAAAUUUAAUAAAGUCAUUUACUGUGUAUAAGUAUACAUACAAAAGAAAAAAUCUCAUAUAAUUGUGAAUAAACAAUUGUAUGUUUGUAAACAUUUUGUAUAUAAUAUCUGUUUGCUUUUGUAUAAAUGGUGUUGGUGAGAAAAGAAGCAGUAGCAGCAUCGAAAUAGCUUUUUUUCUGCUUUUGUGGUGCUUUGUGUGCAAUAUACAACAAGAGCAACAAUAACCACAUCAUAAAAUCAACAACGCUAAAAACAACAACGGCAAAUACGCACUAUAUCGAUUGAAUUUGAAUUGGUAUUUGCAAGAGCCGCAAGAAAAAUAUAAAUAUUUCUAAUUACAUACAUAGGCACACGCAGCGUAAUCGAAACGUGUGAAGCAGAGACAGUAAAACAAAAAAACAGAGGGAGAGAGAGAAAGCACUAAACCACUAUUUUUAAUCGACAUUUUCGUUAAAGGUAUUUAACUGAAAAUAAAUUAAAAUUACUUAUUAUCAAGAAAUCAAAAGUCUCCAGUGAGUGUGUAACACAAGAAAAGCACAUGUAUAUAUGUACGAAAGAAGAUUUGCAGUGUUGAGUAGUGUUGAAAAGUAAUAUUUGUGCUACUAAUAAUUUGUAUAGUAUUUAUGUGUGUAUGGCGUGCAGUAAAGCAAAGAGAAUACACAACCAAAAAUAACAAAAACAUUUAGCAACAGAAACCAAAUUAGAGAUUCAGAAACAAAAAAAUCACCGAACCAGAAUUAGCAGCACAAAACAUAACAACAAUCACAAUAGCAACAAUAACAAGUAGAAAUCAGAUCAAAAAGCAUUUUAUUCUGUGAAUUCAUGGCCACCGGUUCUACUACAAAUAGUAACAGCAACAAAUUUAAUUCUAAUAUCCCGCCCACCCAGUUUAAUCAAAACAGUAAUAAUAACAACACCGCCGCCCCAAGUUCUACCAACAGCCUUACCAACAGCCUCACCAUAAACAACAGUUUGACCAACAGCAACAGCAGCGGCGUAGCGGUUAUAGCCGACGCUGCCACUGUGGCUAUUGCUAAGGAUAUGUUGCAAUUGCAUCAUGGCUCGGCCCAUAAUAAUAAUAAUAAUAAUAAUAAUAAUAGCAGUAAUAAUGCAAACGAUGGUUUAAAUUGUCCUGCUAACAACAACAAUAAUAAUAAUAACAAUUUAAAUAACCGGAAUUCUGCGUCAUUAGUAGUCACCCCACCUGCCCCGCAACAACAAAGACCACCGCCACCUCCCGAACAUGCUGUUGGCUUUUUGAAAUAUGACGACGAGUUAUUGUACGUAACGGAACCGUGUACUGUAAUUGGGAGAAAUUCGUCAACAUCUCACGUACAUUUUCAUGUAGCUGAAAAUAACUUGGUAUCGCGCAAACAUUUUCAGGUGCUUUUCGAUGCUGACACGCGAGAAUUUUAUGUUCAAUGUCUGAGUAAAAAUGGCAUAUUUGUGGACGAUUUUUUGCAGAGGCGCACCGCUGAUGCAUUAAAAUUACCACCCAGUUGCUAUUUUCGUUUUCCCAGCACUGAAAUACGCAUACAGUUUGAAAGUUUCUUGCAUGUAGCAGACUCUGCUAGUGGUGGCGUUAGUGGUGCCGGCGGUAUUAAUAACCCUCUAAGCGGAAAUCAUCAUAGUCUUACGUCAUCUGCCUCAACUCACCAUAUGUUGAUGAGCGGCGGUAGCAGCAUGUCAGGCAAUGUACAUCAUGUUAUCAUUUCUCCAACUAUGACCGACGAUAUGAAACAUCAGCAAUUAUAUGGAGGCCAACAACACCACCAUCAGCAACAUAUCCACCAUAUCUCUGGUCAUCAGCAGCAGCAACACGGAUCUAUGAGUAGUGGUGGCGGUGGUGGUGGUAACUCUCAUAUAUUAACUAUGGAUAGUUCGAAUGUGAUUUAUUCGCCUUUAAAAAUUUCCAUACCUAAAAAGGAGCAGAAAAGUCCCUAUCUCUCACCAACUGGUACAAUUAGCGCCGCCAAUAGCUGUCCGGCUAGCCCGCGUCAAGGUUUUCAUCAGAAUCAAAACUAUAGCAACUAUACUAACAACAAUUUGCAAAAUCAACAAGAUUUAUUUCAAACCCCUUCAACGGCCAGUUACAAUCAGAAUGAUAAACCUCCAUACAGUUACGCUCAGUUGAUAGUUCAAGCUAUAUCGGCGGCACCAGACAAACAAUUAACCUUGUCGGGUAUUUAUUCGUUUAUUGUUAAACAUUAUCCCUAUUAUCGGAAAGAAACUAAUAAGGGAUGGCAGAAUUCCAUACGUCAUAAUCUCAGUUUAAAUAGAUAUUUCAUAAAAGUGGCUCGAUCCCAAGAUGAACCCGGUAAGGGUAGCUUUUGGCGAAUUGAUCCAGAUAGUGGUGCAAAAUUAAUUGAUCACAGUUAUAAAAAACGUCGUCAACGCAGUAGCCAGGGUUUUCGCCCAUCUUACGGUAUGCCACGUUCAGCUCCUGUUUCGCCAAGUCAUAUGGAAUAUUCUGCUGAUAAUUCGCGUGAAAGUUCUCCGUUGCAAGAUAUUGUCCUGCAAUCAGCUCCCGGGUCUCCGGGCAUGUCGUUAGAAAAUCGCAAUAACGAAGGUGAAGUGGUUUAUCAAAACCAGAAUGUGCAACAGUCUGCUGCCGCCGCCGCCAAUAAUAACCAUCAAUACAAUAGUCCUUAUUAUGUAACAAAUCAAAAUGCUAUUAUAUCCCAACAACAACAACAACAGCAGGAGAAUAGUGGUGGUGGUGGCGGUGUUGCUGCUCUUAUCGCUCUUAAGCGGAAUCAUGCAAUGGCUGCAGGUACUGGAGCUGUAGCUCUACAGCAACAACAGCAGCAGCAACAACUUCAAGGUCUACAUCCUGAUAUAAUAUAUGAAGAAUUGCCAACCGAUUAUAGCGGUAAUAUGGAAUCGGGGGACGAAUGUGAUGCCGCUAAAAGGCCAAAAUACGUUUCGGAAGUACUCUGAUGCGUCCCCACGACAAGGAAUACAACAGACGUUGUUAACAAAUAACUUUCAUAUAUGCGUUUACGCUUUAAUUAAAAAAAAAAAAUUCUAUCCGUAUACAAAAACCACUCGUACAUACAUACAUACAUAUAUAUACAUACACACAAAUGCACUCUCUCAUAACUUCUCUCCUAUUAUCAUUAUUCAAGCGAAACACUUAGCGUGCGUGCAUACGCAAUUGAAAGGAGAUAAACAAUAUUUGACAAGCGGUUAAAUACAAAAAAAAACAAAUGUUUUAAGUAAUUUUUCUACAGUCAAGGUGAAAAGUUUAAAAGAUGAUGUCUUGCUUUGCUCAUAUUUUAUAGUUAUUAAUGUUCUUUUCAAAAAUUCUUUAAAACUGCCAUCUAAAGUAUAUUGAAUUUGAUGCACCAGAAAUGUAGCAGAAACUGAACACUUAAUCGUAACAGUUUUUUGUUUACUAUACUUUUUUACAUUCUUUACUUUAUUAUAUUGUUAUUCUUCGAUAAAUUUUAAUUUGAAUUUCUUUAAAAUUGUGCGAAAAGUUUUUUGUUUGUUAUAGCAGACAUUUAACUUUAUUGGUCCGUUAAACGGGUAGUGCAAGCCUUUAAAUCAUAACAUUUAUCUGAGAAUAUUUAACGGAGGUAUUAUUAUUUUUAUUGUGUAUAUAUAUAUGUAUAUAUACAUAUACAUAUACAUACGUAUAUGUAUAUAUACAUAGUUGCAAUUGUAAAAUAUAAUUAAAGGCUCGACAAAUUCAAUAUGCUUGACGAUGAAAUAGUCAUGGCGAUAUGAUAAUGUCCCAGCAAAAGGCAACUCACACCUGUUGAUUGCGAAGGCAUACAAUCCCGUGUAUAAUAGAUUACUUUUCAUUAUGUGUGUUUGCCUUACUUUUUUUAUUUAUACAAAAUGGUCAGAAAAAAAAAAA